GGCAAUGUCAUUUUUUUUUCUCCCUCUUUUUUGUGGUCAAAUAGGGUGAAGCUUGAGUUAUAUGAUCAGAUGGUCGGCAUGGGGUUUGCAAAGAUGACCGUUGCAGCGGCACUGAGGCACACCAACAAUGACCUGCAUGGUGCCCUAAGAAUCAUCCAAGAACAGCCAGAGCUACUCUCCAUAUCAGAUCAUGACGUGGUUCCAGACUGGGAUGGACCCAUUACGGAUGAGAUGAUCGCUCAGCUCACAGAGUUUGGAUUUAAUAUUGAUGUUGCUAAAGAGGCCUUGAAACGAUACGGAGGAGUAGUGGAAAAGGCAGUUGAGAAGCUCUUAUUUUCAGGAGGAGUGCUUGCUUCUCUCCCAUCAUCAUCCUCGCAAACAGGUGCAUAA